AUGGCGCAAAAUGAAAGUGAUAGUGAACAUAGUGAACACGAAGAAUUGUAUAAAAAAAGUACAACUACUAAUCAGUCUAAAGUUAUAUUAGAUAAUGGAAAGAAAUGUGGUGUCUCAUAUAAUGACGGCUCAACAACUUCAAAUUUGAUUAACCAUCUCACUCAUCAGCAUAGGAUAUUGAAAAAUAAUUCUUGCCGAUCUAUUAAAAAUCAAUUUAAUAGAACUGAGGAUGAACUUCUUUAUUUAAAAAAAGCGAUAGUAUACCUUCCAUCACAGCUUCAAUCAGAUGAAAACGAAUUGAAUGAUAUAUUGUGUGGUUUUGAAGAAAUAACGACGUUACUAAGUAGAAAUACUUAUGUAAUAAUUUCUUUAAUAUAUCCAGCUAUUUCAACAUUAGUGAAAACUUUAAAAAUAUUAUUACAACAAUCUUAUAUUGAAUCAGCUUCAACAGAUAUAGAUGAAUUAACAAUUCUCGAUUUUGUAGAAGAAAUUAUCGAUGAUAUGAAAGACAUUGUUGAGAUUAAAGAAGUUGACGCUUCAUUAGGAAUUAUACACAAAACAAUUAACAUCUUAGUUCCAAUGAUUACAAUUGGAAUGCUUGAGAAGAUUAAAAAACUACGUUUUGCCAACACAAACAUGGUUAUACAAACUAAAAAACACUUAAAAAGUUUGUAUGAAUUGGAAUGUGAAAUUCACCCAACUCCUAAACAUCUAACGUCUUUGUCAAAUAUUCAGCAUAAUGAUCAUAAUGAUUUCAAAGCUG